AUGCCACAGAAGUUUGAACCACAGACUUAUACAGCACUGGUACAGCCACACUUACCGCAAACAGUAGCACAAGGUGAGACUGCCGCUGGUGCAGGCACAUCAGAGUCUGGAGCCAAGCGCAUAUUGACGCGCGACAGAAACUACCACCAGCAUGGAAAGUAUCGGGGAGUGAGGAAGCGUGGAGCGUCUGGCUACGUUGCAGAGAUUAAGGACACGACUCAUGGGUUCCGCAAGUGGUUGGGCACGUUUUCUUCCGCGGAAGAGGCGGCUCGGGCGUUCGACAAAGCUGCUUUCGGCAUCCGAGGGUCGAAGGCGAAGCUCAACUUUCCAGAAGAGUUUCUCCAGGAAAACGGAGCAGUAGUGGGUUCCAGUCCUGCAGAUCCAGAGGCACCGGUUCAGAUGGAAGCGGCCAGAACGGAGGAAGAGGAGACGGUGAUGGAGGAGAGGGAGGAGGAGGAGGAGGAGGAGGAGGAGGAGGAGGAGGAGGAGGAGGAGGAGGAGGAGGAGGAGGAGGGAGGAGGAGGAGGAGGAGGAGGAGGAGGAGGAGGAGGAGGAGGAGGAGGAGGAGGAGGAGGAGGAGGAGGAGGAGGAGGAGGAGGAGGGUCUGCCCUCAAUGCAAUCUCUUCCCCUGAAGCUGCACUUUCCACUCUUCCCCUCCAUCUCAUGCUUCCGUCGUAUCCUGGUGCAUUGCAAACCUCAGCUGCCGCACCAUCCACUUGUGGCGAUACCAUGGGUCGCUUUUCUAUCCCGCAGCGAAAUUCACCAUGUGCUGGAAUUGCUGGAAAUGAGCUUCUUGGCUUUGGCGUGCCAGGAGCAGGUACAGUCACGAUUGAAGAGUUGGGAUCCAAGGGCGUGGGAAUAGACAGGGAGCGGUCCGAUGCGGUUUUGGAACGGUUUGUUCAGCAGCUGGUGAAGGUUGAAGAAGAAAAUGAGGCUGUAGUGAGUGGGAUUUGUGCUACAAAGAGCACACAGGGAGCAGAAGAAGGGAAAAUUUCUCCAGAGGAAGGAAACAGUGGGAGCAGCAAUAUAGUUGGCACAAAGGGGAUGACGGAGGAGGAGGAGGAGGAGGAGGAGGAGGAGGAGGAGGAGGAGGAGGAGGAGGAGGAGGAGGAGGGUGUUAUGGAGAUGACAAUGAGAAUAGAUGAGCAUUUUGCUGGUCUUGUUUCUCGUCAUGGUUCUGUGGCAACGGUGACAGGAAUGGGGGAAGCUGAUCAACACAAUCAUUUGCCUCACAGCCAUCACUCACAGGUGCAGCAGCUAAACCAACAGGUAAGAAACCAGCAGCAGCAGCAGCAGCAGCAGCAGCAGCAGCAGCAGCAGCAGCAGCAGCAGCAGCAGCAGCAGCAGCAGCAGCAGCAGCAGCAGCAGCAGCAGCAGCAGCAGCAGCAGCAGCAGCAGCAGCAGCAGCAGCAGCAGCAGCAGCAGCAGCAGCAGCAGCAGCAGCAGCAACAACAACAGCAGCAUCUGCAGACACUGCUGCAGCAGCAGUUGCAUUUAAUGGACCAACAAGAGCAUAAGCAGCAGCAGCAGCAGCAGCAACAGCACCAGCAACGCCUUGCGUCAAGCCUCCCGCGAUGCAGUUUUCUUCACCUCAAGGCUGGACGGAGGCGCACGGCAGCUGCACGGCGUGCGUCUGCAGACCUCACAGGUCAAAAUUUCAUCAAGGAGGAGGAUAUGGAGCAGCAGACAUUUGGGAGUCACACCCCGGACUUGGAAAGAGACAACAUAAGCCACAGCGUCGCUUUUCCUCUGGAACGACCAGUCGCCAGUGCUUCAACCCCUGAAGGUGUGAGUGGUUCAAGUGGUGGUGAGUUUGCUUGUGGUUCGGGUGCUGUGGAUACCAUGAUUGGUAUAUCUGCUGCAGCUGCAAGUGAGGGUAGUGGGCAUGGCAGCCCGGCAGCUGCUGCCAUCGUUGCUGGUGGUGCUGGUAUUGCCGCUGUUGCUGGCAUUGCUUCUGGUGUUUCCGGUGCUCCGGGAGAGAGAGGUGGAGGGGCAGCAGAGGAUGUGGUUGGACUUGAUGAUGCAGAUGGCACAGGAGCAGCAGCAGCGGCAGCAGCAGCAGCAGCAACAUCUGCAGACACUGCUGCAGCAAAAGUUGCUUCUAAUGGACCAACAAGAGCAGCAGCAGCAGCAGCAGCAGGAGCAGCAGCAGGAGCAGCAGCAGCAGCAACAGCAGCAGCAGAAGGAGCAGGAGCAGGAGCAUCAGCAGCAACAGCCGCAGCAACAGGAGCAGGAGCAGCAGCAGCAGCAGCAGCAGCAGCAGCAGCAGCAGCAGCAGCAGCAGCAGCAGCAGCAGCAGCAGCAGCAGCAGCAGCAGCAGCAGCAGCAGCAGCAGCAGCAGCAGCAGCAGCAGCACCUUGUAUCAAGCAUCUCGCAAUGGAUUUCUUUACGCUUGAAGGCUGGAAAAGGGGGUAA